GCUUUUUAUGUUUGUUAAUCCUUCAAGUGUAGGAAAGACAGCAAAAGCAGCAAAAGAAGAGGAAGCAGAGAAAGCUCAGUUACUAAAUGCAGAAGAAGACCCAAAGGCGCGGUCUCAGCCAGCUUUUGUACAGAUUUUUAAGCAGAGGAAAGAAAAGAAGAAAGAACAGAAGAAACAGAAGAAACAGCAGAGGCAACACAUUAGAUGGAGCUGGGUGUGAGUGACAUGGACUCUGAUGAGCUACAGAACCAGAUAAGCAGCGAGGAAAUUGAAAAGAACGAUGCUAGGAUCUUGAAAGAGAAGAAGAAAGCCUUUUUGAAGGAUUUGAAACAGAAUUUGGAUCUUUUGACUUAUUGCACCAUCAUAUUUGUUUUCCUACUUGAUUCCUCAUUGUUGACAUUGAUAACCAGAUCAUUGCUACAGUUUUUGUUAUCAAGACCAAUUCCAAAAGAUUUGGUAUCUACUCCAAGUGGUGGUAAUAGAAGUGGCAGAAAUACUAGUACUAGCGCUACUAAUACUACUAAUAAUGUGAACAUUAGUGUUACAGUCAUUGGCACAUCUAAUAGCAGUUCAAGUUUAUCAGGUCGAAAGAUAACAAUUAACAACAUGAAAAUGAUUGUGAAAGGAAUGAUGAUUACUAUGUUUGCAUUAAACCUCCAGGUGAUUGUAAUAAGAAUUUUUUUAACUAGGAAUGGAUAUUUUGAGAAUGGAAUGAAUAUAGUUUCUAAUUAUUUAUAUGGAUCAUUAAUAUUACAAAUCAUUGGAGAAAAUUUGACACAUACUAAGAUUUAUUAUAUAUUUUAUGAUAUAAUAAUAAUAUUUUUACAGAUAUUAAAGAUAUCGAUUUUUUAUGAUGAAGUUGAGAAGAAAGAUGUUAAUAAUACAAAGAAUAGUAUAAAUAGUGAUAGAGCUAAUAAUAGAAAUAAUAACAAUGGUAGUGACAAUAAUGAUCAUAUAAAUAAUACUGAAAAUCGUCAUGAUAAUGAUAUAUCAUUCAGUUCAAGCAAUUCGAUUAAUAAUUUACUUACAUCAACUAUAAUUGAAAAUGAUUUAGUUCCAAAUUAUGAAAGAGAUGGAUAUACUGGGAAUAUAUCAAUAAUAAAUUUGAAGCCAUUUAAAGUUGUAAAAGAAAUUUGGAGAUUAAGAUCUGAUGAAUCUGAUGAGGAAUCAGGAGAUAGUGAUAAUGAUAAUGAUAAUGAUAAUGAAAAUGGUAAUUUUUUAAAUAACGAUUUAGGAUUUAUACAUAGAAGAAUACAUGUUCCAGGCAGUUUUGUGUAAACAGACAAUCAGACAAUAAUGAAAAACAAGAUAUUUUAAU